AUGUCCAAAGAUUCGUUGAAACGUUCCCAUGAUGAGGCUGUCAGUAGUACAUCUUCGUCAUCGUCAAUCUCUAAUGAUGCUAAUGGAACUACAGGUGAUGAUCCCACAUUUACCUUGACUCCUUCAACUACCCUCCAAAUGUAUAAUAAUGAAAUGCAAUCUCGGUUGAUACCAAUUGUUGGAGUCGUUGAUCAAAUCUUUCCGGGCACUUCUACUGCUGGAGCUGUAGCUAAGACGAUUUUUAAAUGGACUGUGAAUAAUGGUGAUGGAGAACGUGUUGAAUGUGUCGCGUGGAACAUCCAAGUUCAACGAAUUCAAUCUCACAUUGUUCUGGGAAAUGUGCUGUUUCUGAAUGGAGUUUUCAUGAAAGCUGGUAAUGUGACAUAUUUGAAUGGGACAGUAUUAUUUCAGUUAACCGUACAAUCUAAUACAACGUGUUUGGUCAAUUCUAUUCAUACUGUUGAUAGAAAAUAG